AUGGAUGGGGGCAGGGGGGGCUUCUUGCUUGGGGGCCAGGCAGGAUCUGGAGGCCUCAGGGUGACAGCCACACUACCCAUCUCAGCUCCCCCAGGAACAUCGAGAAUGGCCCCUGAGCCUUGCCAAGAGGCUGAAAAAGCUGAGAAACAGGCUGCCUUAUCCCUGGCGGACCAAGAGCCGGUCAGUUACCACCUGGAGCCUCCAGCUGGCACACCCAAAGACCCAGUGGCUCCUGCAUGCCUGAAGGACACCAAGCCCAGCUCCACGCCCGUGGUCUUCCCCGUCAACCUGCAGUUGGCCCCUGAGUCCUUGGACCCCCGCACCCUGCGGCUGCUGUGGGGUCAGCGGGAACUGGAGAUCCAGGCUCUGCGGUGGACCAUCCGGAACCGCCAGAAUGCCCGGCACUGCCACAUCCUGUACGAGGUGGCUGGACUGCCACCCGAGAGUUGCUCACACAGUCAGGAGAAGCUCCUGCAGAACCGGGUCCAGAAGCUGACUCUGGAGUUGAAAGGGCAGAAGGAACAGGCCCAACUGGAGAAGUCCCAGCUGGAGACUGAGCUGCAGGCGGUCCAGAGGUCCUGCCUCCUGCAGCUGGCCCGCUCCUCCUGGGUGGGUCGCGUGCUGCGAUCUUCCACCGGCAGUGUGGAGGUGGUAACUGCAGAAACUCUGAUGGACUCCAGUGACCUCUCUGAGAAUGAUCAGGUCCCCUCUACUGGAGAGGGUUUCCGGCUGGAGGACGUAGACUGGAACAGCAUUGCCCAUCGGUAUCCCAACCUCCUCGCCAACAUCAAGUCCAACUCAGAUCAAAAGCACCCCCGGGCCUUGCCAUCCCCACCGGCCCCAGUGCCUGGCCAGUGGGGCUCGGAGCUGCAUAGAGAGUGUGUGGAACAGCAUCUCAAGAGUGUCGAGUGGCAUUCCCUGCCCUCUGUGGGCACCAGCAGCUCAGGGGGCACGGACUCUGACCCCGGCAGUGGCUGGCUGGCUGAGCCUCAUCGCGUGCAGAAGGCGACGGGACAGCCACCCUGCGCUGCAGGCCGCAGUUCUGAGUUGACAAAACCACACCGGAGGAGCUUCCGCAGGGAAAUGCAGGCACUGCCUGAAGGUGGGCUCAGCGCAAGGCCGCUUGGGGGCCUCUCCUGCCUCAUCCCCAGGGGUGUGGGUGGCCUUAGGUGA